AAGUGUUAGCUCAGAGAAGUCAAUAACUCACUCGAUCAGUCAGUCAGUCAGGCAGCCAGCUGGUCAAUGUCGUAAUAGAAUCAAUGCAAAUUCAUGAAAAAUUUACACAAAACCCGUUAUGGCCAUGGCCAUAGAUAGCGCAACGCAACGAAGAAAUGGCCAUCGAUCCAUGGCUCGGGAAGUGUUUAUGAAUUGGACACGCUGCUUACUGAGUCAAUUAUCACAUUGAACUUGAAGAUGUGCCGGACAAUGACAAUCAGAGCAAGGGCCCACUACCAAAUGGAUGGUCUGUCUGAACCGCUUUGUUGUUGCUGGAGGAAAAGCGUUCAAAAAAUAGUGCAUAUAAAAAGCAUCGGACAAAUUACAAAUCAGUAGCAGUUACAUUGUGUCAAAGACAAAGUGAAGAAGUCUCAAAGGAGUUAUACGACUCAAAAAUCGAAAAAGAAAAGGAUCCAAAGGAAUAAAAAUUGUGUUGAGAGAGAAAAGAAAAUACAACAUGAAUAAGAAUACAUUGUGGUUAAUGUUUGUGCUUUUGGCCAUGUAUUUGGCAUUGGUGUUUUGUGAAGAACAGCAACAACAACAGCAGGAAGAAAAUUCCGAAAAUGCUCUUGCAGACGCUGCCAAAGAUUUGGUGAAAAGUGAAUCGACAGCAUUGUUCCAAGAUGAGGCCAGAACCAGAAGAAGACAUCGCCAUCAUUUGUAUGCUCAGUGGGGCUGGACUGCCAUAGCCAUUGCUUAUUUGAUCAAGAUCAAAGUUGUAAUUGUGGCCUUCUUUUUGGGCAGUGCCGUCUACUUGGGUCUCCGCUACUUCUGGCCCCAUAAAUGUCAACCUGAAAUUAUUUUGGAUCAUCCACCACCAUCGUUCUCUCACCAUCACCAUGACCACAUUCCAUAUUCCUCGGAUCAUUCGGAAAUCAUUAGCUCAUCAUGGGGACCCAGCAGUCUAGAUACUUCCUUCGAACCCUACUCAGCCUAUGCCGGAUCCUAUGCCAGUUCAGAUGUUGCCCCUCCUGAUGUUUCUUCGCCCGAUAGCCACACUUAUCGGAUAAAACGUGAGGUAAAAAAUGAGAAGCAGGAGGGUAAACAAAUGGGUCCAUCAAUCAGCGAGGAAAGAAUCGGCAACUUCAUGUUCAUGUUCCUCGGCUUGGAUUCCGCGGCCUGCCGUCGCCGUUUCGUCUGUGAAAUGGAAUUCCGUUCCAAGAACAAUCCCCUAACAGCCAUGGCUUUCCGGGUGAUUGGACGCAGUUUCUUUGCCAAAUACACCAACGAUCACAAUGAAAUGGGCAAGGCCAACUCCUUCGAGGAAUGUGCCGCGGUCAAUAGUGAGUGUGUUUUCAUUGAAAACGAUGUGGAAGGAGGACAGGAAGCAGCCAAUGAAGAAUCAUCAAAUAACAACAAUGAAAGUGAACACAAUGAAGAAGAACAAGAGCAUCACGAAGAAUCAGAAAAUCAAGCGGACAAUGAAACUCCAGCGGAGAAUGAGGACUUAAAUGUCAAUUUGCCCACAGAGGAUCCGGCGAAUAAUUCUCUAGAGAGUAAUAACAUCGAAGAGAGAGCCAAUUAUCAGAAUUUAAUGGCCGAAAGAAGAAAUUCCUAUUGGAGACGUCGAUUGCGGGGAGAUCGCCAAUUUUAGAAUUUAGACUAGGAACGAAAAUGUGUCACGAAGAGUAUUCGCAUUUCUGUUAAAUGUGAACUGGUUUCACACAAACAACAACAAAAACAAAAUUAGUUUAAUUUUCUAUUUAUUAUUAUUUAUUUGUUAUUAGUACUAAGUUGUAAUAAAACUUGCCUUAAUUAAAUAUA